CGCAGCUGUAACCAGAACCUUGGAAUGCGAACGCGUUUUGUUCCACCGAGCGAUUCAACAACGGGAGCGAACCACCGCGCGAAACGGGGGGAGCCGGCUCCCGAGAGCGGCCUUUCGUCGACUUUUAGCGCCCGUUUGUCGACGUGUCGGGGGGGUUCGGGGCGUGCCCGGUCGUCGUGACACCCGCUCCGCGCCACCGGCCCCGCGAACACCCCAGCACCGGCCACUCCGGCUCCGCGGACGAUUCCGGGCUCCCCCGUCCAUAACUCGAGUCGACUUUUUUGAUUGACGGCUCCAUAUUUUUUUGUGCGAUUUUUUUUCAGCGGCUCCAGAAAGGACAAAAACGGGGUAAUACGGACAGAGAGGAAAAGAGGGAGAGAAAACAACAAACGCCGCUGGAAAGAAAGCGCGAGCUCGAGAGCACUGGGAGCGACCCAGGGUCAACACUGUGAAAAAUACAUAUAUAUUUCACAGACAAAGGAGUGCCGACUUUUGCUCAUCUUGUAUUUUAGGGAACUUGGGCACGCCGACAUCAUAAUCAUUUUGCAUAAGAGGACAGAGAACAGAUCACUAUGACGACUGAAAUGCAGGAGAUCGCCAUCACAGAGGAGAAGCCUUUACUGCCAGGUCAAUCCGACGCCGUGAAGGACGCCGAGAUCGCGGCUCGGAUACUGCUGGAUCAAGGCCAGGAGCACAGCGUCGAGACACCUCACGGUGUGCUGCACGUGACGGUCCACGGCACCGGAAACGCUCGCAGACCGGCCAUACUGACCUUCCAUGAUGUGGGAAUGGACAGUAAGAGCUGCUUCUCCACCCUGUUUAAGUUCGAGGAGAUGCAGGAGAUCGUGAAGAACUUCACUGUGGUUCACGUGGAUGCUCCGGGACAAGAAGACGGCGCCGCCAUUUAUCCUGCCGGAUACCAGUACGCGUCUAUGGAUCAGGUCUCCGAGAUGAUCCCCGCUGUCCUGCAGUAUUUUAAUUUCCGCACAAUCAUCGGCGUCGGAGUCGGAGCCGGCGCUUACAUCCUGUCCAAGUUCACUUUGAGUAACCCUGACGCCGUGGAAGGGCUCGUUCUGGUCAAUGUGGACACAAACGCUCGAGGCUGGAUGGACUGGGCCGCUCAGAAGCUCUCCAAUCUGACGUCUUCCCUCACAGACCAAAUCCUGAGUCACCUCUUCAGUCAGGAAGAGAUGUCUGCAAACACAGAGCUCAUUCAGACUCACAGAGAGAGAAUCGCCAAAGCGCCGAACCUCAUCAACAUCGAGCUCUUCUGGAAGAGCUACCUCGGUCGCAGAGAUCUGAACAUCGAAAGGAAUAACACGUUCAAGUGUCCUGUGAUGCUGGUGGUUGGUGAUCAGGCUCCGUACGAGGAAGCUGCUGUGGAGUGCAACAGCAAACUAGAUCCAACCACGACCUCAUUCCUCAAGAUGGCUGACGCCGGCGGGAUGCCCCAGCUGACUCAGCCCAGCAAACUGACAGAAGCGUUCAAAUACUUCAUCCAAGGCAUGGGAUACAUGGCGUCGUCCUGCAUGACGCGUCUCUCCCGCUCGCGCACCACCUCGCUCUCGUCCUCCUACUCCAUGGAGGGCUCGCGCUCUCGGUCCCGCACCCUGUCCCAGGGCUCCCAGGGCGGACAGCUCCCGCCGAGCCCGUCCCAUACCAUGGAGGUGUCGUGCUGAGCAGCGCCAGAGAGAGAGAGAGAGAGAGAGAGAGAGAGAGAGAGAGAGAGAGAGAGAGAGAGAGAGGGGGAUGAAGCGCUGCAGUCUUCUGGGUGACGGAUGAAGACGACUCUCUCCCUCCCUUCACCGACCGCCAGGCGGAUGAUAGAGCCCUUUAACUCUGUGACAUGGGCGGGGCCUUUAGAGACCCAAACGUAGUGUUAACCAAUAGUAAUACUUCUAAUAUGAAUAUUGAUAAUUAAUAUUAAUAACGACAAGCGUCACUGAAAAAAAAAAAUAAACAAUGAUGUUUCUCUUAAUUACAUGUUGAAUUUCUAAACGAAAAGAAUAGAGAAAAGAGUAUAAGCUCAUAAUGUGUGUCUUUCAACUUCUUUGUGAUUAUUAUUAUUUUUUUGGCGUGCUUUUUUUGUUUUUUGUAUUCCGUAUUACUAUUUUUUUUUUCUGUUUUACAAUCCUGCUGCUGCGAGAGGGGCGCAGUAUCGUCGGAGACGGCGGCGAAGGUUUCAGGCUGAAAUACUCGUCUCUGUAGAUGACAGCCACUUCAUGUCUUCCAUUUGCCCUUAACGAAAAAGCUAUACGCGUAAAAGCGAGAAAGAAAAAUACUGUAAUUAUAUAUUUUUUGUUUGGUUGCGGGGUUAGGGCCGUUGGGGUCUUUGCCUGUUCUGAAAUGCAUGCCGGAAUUUUCUUGACCACAUCAGUCUAUAUAUAUAUUUUUUUAUAUAUACUUUUUUUUUUUUACGGUAAUUUUUAUUUCGGUGAAAGAGUGAAUGUGCGGUCUUAAAUAGGAAAGAACAACGAGAAAGGCACAGGAAUCGUUGUUUUGAAGUCAAGUUUAUAUCUGUGAUGCAAUGUAUUUUCAUAGAAAUCGGACACGAAAAUUGGACGGGGAUUAAUCUUGGGAAACGGUACGCGUAUGAUGGUGGUUAGGAAUGCGAGAAAACGAUGGCAGAAGCUGAAAAGGAAAGUUGUUUGAUGAAUAGCGCUGAUCGUAAGAGCAGAGACACGAUUUUAAGCUGAGGUCAGGAUUGGCAGAUGAGUCCGAGAAGUGCUUCCAUCACUGAGUGAGUUUACAUGUACAACAAGAAGCUGAAAUCACGAAAUAAAAUACACCGCAAGAUAAUAUGUCCGUGUGUAGGCCUACACGAAUGCUCAAAAUUUUGUGUCAUUAUUGAGGCAAGAGAACACCAAUGAAGACGUUUAAACGUGAGAAUGCGCACCAUAUUCGCGAAUUUGGACGAUUUGAUUUGAAAUUAGACUGUGGUGGGCUUUUAUGCAGCUUUCCUCUGUAAAAGGCCAACUUUUAAGGAAUUGUUAAGCGUAAAAUCGCACGUCAAAUCAGCAUUUGCUUAUAUAGAGCAUUAUAUAAAUAAAGUGCUUUACAUGUCUAAAAAGAACUAGUUUACAGUCUCAAAUUUCUGCACGUUAAAAAAUAAAUACAGAUAGCACACAUACGUCUGCAGGAUGUCUGUUAAAGAUCUGGAAAGCAUCUUGUUUACACAUGUCUGGCAGACGUCUUAUAGAAGUCAGUUUUUACAAAUGAUAAACAUCUUAAAGACGUCUGUUUGACACCUAAAAGAAGACGUCCGAUAGACGCAUUGCAGAUGAGCAAACGACCUCAAUAACAUGUCCUGCCGAUGUGAAAGUGCCAUCAGCGCCACACUUGAUCGAGUCGGCCAUUUCGUACGAAUUCGUAAAAUAUAGUUCGUAUAUAAGCAGAAUAGAAUAGUCCACCUCUAAAACUGGCCAGCAAUUCGCCAGAAUACGAAAUAACGACACAAAAGCGUAUUGCGUGUUUUGGAUGUGUACCUUAGGUUUGUGGGCAUGCACCAUGGUACUUUUUGACGUGGAGUGGAGUACUAUAGCGUUGUUAGCUACAGUAUAAAUACGGUAACCACCUAGUACUGUAGUAUACAGCAAAGGCCUGUAGUUUUGCCACUGACGGCAUCACUGUACCGUGGUACGACCACAGUACUUAGCUGUAACCUAUUAGUCCGCUCUUAGAAGUGUUUGGUUGUAAACAUUAAGGUGGACUCAUGGUGAUAGUGACGUUUGUCGUUUUGAAUGGCUGUUCCUUGAUUUUACCGUAACUUGAGAGCUCUCGCUCUGGUUUGAAGUGUACUUAAAGCCGAGGUGUGAUCUAAUGCCGAACCAUAGUGACUCGUACACAGAGUAAAAGAGUGGGCAUGCCUGAGCGUGCGUGCGCCGCUUUAACUUUAAAACACAAUAAGGGAAGGCGUGCUAGUUUAUUCAGAAGAAUGACCCUUCAAAGCUCUUGUCACUUUGGCUGAUUAACCAGCCCCUUCACUGCCAACAGGGUUUAGCCAUGUUAUUAACCCAUUAGCUCCACGAGCAACUUCAAAUCUGUAGAAGAUUCGAUGAAGAGCGCUCGGAAGAAUACCGAAACCACUGCGUUUUUGACAUUUUUAGCCAAUAACGACAUUGACCAAAUUCUCACAACUGCAUCGUAACAAUCACUUUCAGCGAAACACUGCCCUGAAAAUGACUCCGUAGCGGAACAGGCUAAUUAACGUUAAUUGGGGAGUUCGUAGAAAUCACUUAUUUUAGAGACGCUUUCCAUUGUUCAUGACAGAACCUUGGCUUUCAUGGGUUGCGUAAGUGGGAAACGUGUUUUUUUCUUUCUUUCUUUUUAACGGAAGGUUUAUGUUGAGAUGCUUGUCUGAAUAAUAACGCUUGCGUUGAGUGUAAAGACUGCAAGAUCACCCCAGAUUCACCGGAAACUACCAAAAAUACAAAUGGACGGAAUCUGAAACCAAAUGCAUAGAGAAAUAACCGUAAAAAAUGUGAGAAUAAUGACACAAUGAAACUCAAUGGGGAAAGGAAUGGAUCGGGUCACGGCGUGCGUUGGGACGGUGUGAAUGUAAAUGUGUGUCCAUUUUUUUUUUAAACUCUCCUCAAUGAAACCCUUUUAAUUUUCUGUGAAGUAGAUUUGCGUCUCAAUGUCCUCACGGGUUAGACAUCAGUGUGCUAGUUCUUGUGUAACUUUUUUAGCUUUAGCACUAAAAAAGGAAAUAAUGUAAUUAACAAAAAAAUAAAAAAUAAUGAUGAAAAAAAAAUGUUAUGAAUAACAGAAUGCAAUCAACAUUAACUGUGUGGCUAAUUUCUCUGUGUAAUACUAUGAACAACUGGAAAAAAAAAAGUAAUUAAAGGGAUCAAAAUGA